AUGGGCAAAGCAGCAAAGCUGUAUAAGCGCCCCACGCUCAAGGAGAGGCAACGCAAGCAACGAUCCUCGGCCGCAGAGUCGAGCGCUCAAGCUGGCAAGAGCAGCGCAGCCGCCGCCGACUUGAAUGAGCUGAAACGUCAGGCAAGGAUCGAGAAGCAGGCAAUCGCGGUGGAAAAGAAUAGGGAGAGGCAGAGAAGAGAAGCCGCAAAGCAGCAGGGAGAGCAGCAGCAGCAGCGCAGAACGGCAACUCAAGAGGUGGAUGGAUCGCCUGAUGACGAGGAUGACGAGGACGAGGGGGAGGAGGAGCAGGGACAGGAGGCAGCCGCGAAACCUAAGCGCACCCGCAGCGGCCGUGCAAAGAAGCGCUACAAGGUGGCAGAAGGAGAGGCUAGGACACCCAAAGAGGCUGGCAUCGAUUACAUCAGGCAGUGGGAGGGGCGGCGGGCGUAGGGGUGGACAUAGCCGUAGAGCAAAGCUGAGAUAGCAGAUGCGCAGCAACAAGGGCGCGCAGCAUGCGUAGCAUUAUAUUUGACAUCACGCUGCUAUGCCAAUGCAUUCCGACGAUUCAUCGCACGCCGAUGAGUACGCUCGGGUUAGCUCAGUAAUAUGUCUCUUUGUACCACCGCUGAGCCUGGAUCUGAAAAAUCAAUCGGGCAG